UGGGCCCAAAACAAAAGCCCGUCUCUUUAGCCCUAAACUGCUGCUGCGGCCUCUAUAUAAUGUUCUGCAUUGCUAGGGUUUCGUUCUUCUUCCAUCCACAGAUUCAAUCCCCAACGCGCAGCUGAGAGAGACCGCGCCGCUGCCAUGGGAAGGAGACCCGCAAGGUGCUAUCGCCAAAUUAAAAACAAGCCGUACCCUAAGUCACGUUUCUGUCGUGGUGUUCCUGAUCCCAAGAUCAGGAUCUAUGAUGUUGGUAUGAAGAAGAAGGGUGUUGAUGAAUUUCCUUUCUGUGUCCAUCUGGUUAGUUGGGAGAAGGAAAAUGUCUCAAGUGAGGCACUUGAGGCUGCUAGGAUUGCUUGCAACAAGUACAUGGCUAAGUUUGCUGGCAAGGACGCUUUCCACUUGAGGGUUAGGGUCCACCCAUUCCAUGUCCUUCGGAUCAACAAGAUGCUUUCAUGUGCUGGAGCUGAUAGGCUUCAGACUGGCAUGAGAGGUGCUUUUGGAAAGCCACAGGGUACCUGUGCUAGGGUUGCUAUUGGGCAGGUUCUUCUUUCAGUCCGCUGCAAGGACAGUAACAGCCAUCAUGCCCAGGAGGCCCUACGCCGUGCUAAGUUCAAGUUCCCUGGUCGUCAAAAGAUCAUUGUCAGCAGGAAGUGGGGAUUUACCAAGUUUUCUCGUGCUGAUUAUCUGAGGUACAAAUCAGAGAACAGGAUUUUGCCUGAUGGUGUGAAUGCAAAGCUUCUUGGAUGCCAUGGACCAUUGGCUAACCGCCAACCUGGAAGAGCCUUUAUUGAUGCUGCCAGUGCAACUGCCUAGACCUGCCUGUUUUGAAGUAUCAUAGUUUCGUAAGAAUGAAUUUGGAUGUUGUUUUGUCCGAACAUAUUAAACUUAAUGGAGUCUACUUUUUGGUUUUGCGAACCACCCUGGAUAUCUAGUGUUAUAUUUUGUUAAGGACCUAAUUUCCGUUUCUCCUCUUUAGCAUUUGAUAUUCUAUUGCUGUUCAGCUAA